GAUGUAGAGAUAGAUACAACAACCGAGGCCGAAAAUCUUCAAUGGGGGAUGAGUGCUAGACUAGCGCAUAAUACUAGCCUUCGUGUAUGAUUUUAUGAUUUUCAAUAAUGAUGUCACAUCCACAUUACGUUGUAUUUAUGCAUACGUAUGUAUAGGAGAUCUGAAGAAUACUUCUCUAUUUCUACUACAACAAAACUAUAACCUAUGCUGAAAAUAUCCUUCUAAAAUUUCAACCGCAGCAUUUAUAUAUCCUCCUACUUUUCAACAUAUCAUCCCAUACGGAGUACAAUCUCACAAUCUCACAAUCCCAACCGCUACUUAACCCAAAUACCCAAAAAACCAUUCCAUCAUCAAAAUUCCAAUCCGCAUUCAACCCUAUCAAAUCCCCCAACCGAAACCCAAGUUCACAACAUCCAAUUUUCACACAGCAUAAACAAAUCAAUCCAUCAUCGAUCAUGUCAUCUUACUCUGCCGAUACUCCCAAAGUAGCACUUAUCACGGGUACAAAUGGAAUUUCCGGUUCUGCGUUAUUGAAACAGCUUGCUAAGAAUCCAGUUUGGUGUGUGCAAUCUAGUAACCUUAUCUAAAUGAUACAUUUUUCCAAGAAUAAAAUGUAUCACAGCAAAUCCCAUUCCCCUCAAAUCCCUUCCUUUCCCCUCCAUCCCAUUCCCACUCCCACGCCCCGUCUCCACCCCUCCCUCCAACCCCGCCCCCACUAACAUCCCCCUCAAAACCCAGGACCAAAAUCCACGCUCUCCCGCCGUCCCCUCCCCAGAAUCCCACCCCACCGACCCCCGCAUCGAGCACCACACACUCGACCUCACCCUUCCCACAGGAGAAAUCGCAUCGGCGCUUUCCUCGAAAAACCUCACCAACAUCACGCAUUUUUUCCACUACGCGUAUAUCCAUACUGAUUAUGAUGAUGGGCAGCAUUUGGAGAAGAUGACGAGGGAUAAUGUGCCGCUUUUUACGAAUGUGCUUGCGGCUGUUGAUUUGACUUCGAGGGAUACUUGUAUGUGAUAUUUUUUAUUUUAUAUAUAUAUUUUGGUGCUUGGGUUUUAAUUGGAGAGGGGAGGUUAAAACGAGGGUAUGGGGUGUGAGAUGUGUGAUUUGUUUAUUGUGGGGGUUGGAGCAUAUGAGAGCUUCUUUAUUCCUCUUCUUUUCCAUUCCCAUUCUCCCUUAUAUAUAUAUAUAUAUAUAUCCCCCAUCUUCAGCAAAUGCUUCAUUUCAAGCCAAACUCCAACCAACCAUCCCAUCCUAUCACAAUAGUACACCGCGUGAUCCUCCAAACAGGCGGGAAAAACUACGGUCUACUUACCUCACCACCGGUAUCCGAGCCCCUAACCGAAGAUGCUCCCCGGGUAACCGAUCCACGUUCACGUAAGUUAUCUCUAUUCAUCCAUGCAUCCACUCAUCUAUAUGCCUCCCCCUUCAUUCAACUCUGCAUUCCAUUUCCCAUUCCCCUCACACCCUCCCUCCUUUACACACCUCGCAACCUCAAAUCCCCACUUCCCAACCCCCGCACUAAAAUCCUAACACUUUUCCCCCCACAGUCCCCAACUUCUACUACCCCCAAGAAGACUACCUCUACACCCUGAGCUCCACCCGCCCCUGGACCUGGAACAUAACAAUGCCUUUCUGGAUCUCGGGAUACAGUCCCACCACCCUCCAAAGCUGGACGACGACCGCAGCAAUCUACUUCAGCAUCUGCCGGGUGCUCUCGCAACCGGCCACAUUCCCGGGGGGAAACGACGAAUUUUACGGAAAAUGGCUCAAGGGGCAACAUUUCAGCACGUCCUGGGUAAUUGGCGAAUUCACCGAAUGGAUCGCGUUGAAUGAGAAUGCGGAGGUGCAGAAUCAGAAAUUCAAUAUAGUGGAUGAUACGGUUACGACGUUUCGCGAUGUGUGGGAGGGAAUUGGGAGGUAUUUUGGGGUGGAGACGAGGGUGCAGAGGGGAUAUGAUUUGAUGGGGGAAGUGAAGGGGUUUGAGGGGAAAUGGUCGGAGAUAGUGGGGAGGUAUGGGGGGAGGGAGGAUGUUUUGGGAAUGUGUACUUGGGAUGCUUUUGUGCAUGCGAUGGAUGCCGGGGAGUGGGGGAGUGUGGUUAAUAUGGAGAAGGCGAGGAAGGUGGGGUGGACGAAGAAGGUGGAUACGAUUAAGGAGAUGGAGAAGAUUUUUGAUGACAUGAAGAAGGAUGGGUGGAUUCCGAAUGUUUAGGUAGGUAUUUGAUGUGGUGUGAAGGGUAAUAUCAGCGUUAGAAAUCAUGAUGUAUAUCGCAUGGCACUUUACUGACUGUCUUUGAUCGAACUGAAAUAUCCAGUACAAAAUUCUCAUUAUUGGUCUCUCCAGAUUUGAGCGUUCAAGAGGAACUA